UCUCUAAGGAGAUCCGUUGUGUUGCUCCCACCCUGAAUUUAGAGUUCAGAAAAUGUUUCACGACGUGACUUUACAAGUUUUUGACUGUUACCUUUUUUUAAGUCCCGGUUCCCAUGUGGGUUGCAAAAGAGGUCAAAGAGCUUGUUCUUGACAACUGUCGAUCAAAUGAAGGCAAAAUAGAAGGGCUUUCAGAUGAAUUUGAAGAGUUGGAAUUCUUGAGUACAAUCAAUGUAGGAUUAGCAUCUAUUGCAAACUUACCAAAGUUAAACAAACUUAAGAAGCUUGAGCUAAGUGACAACAGAAUCUCUGGAGGAUUGGAAGUGUUGGCAGAAAAAUGUCCAAACCUCACACAUCUCAACCUCAGUGGCAACAAAAUCAAGGACCUCAGCACUAUAGAUCCUUUGAAAAAAUUGGAAAACCUCAAAAGCUUAGACCUUUUCAACUGUGAGGUAACAAACUUGAAUGACUACAGAGAAAAUGUAUUCAAGCUUCUGCCACAGCUUACAUACCUCGAUGGCUAUGAUAGAGAAGAUAAAGAAGCCCCAGAUUCAGAUGCAGAAGCAUAUGUAGAAGGGCUGGAAGAUGACGAUGAAGAUGAUGAUGAUGAGGAGGAAGAAUUUGAUGAAGAUGCUGCUGUAGGAGAGGAAGAAGAUGAAGAGGAAGAGGAGGAAGGAGAGGAGGAAGAGGAAGAUGUUAGCGGAGAAGAAUCACAGCCUAUGGGAACUCUGCUGCAACCUGAGGUCCAACCUGCAGACAGGUUUUCAGAGCUGAGCACCCUUUCUCCUUUGGCCCAGCUGACAUCACCUUACCUUGGACGCUAUCACAUACCUGGUAUAAAAGCAGCUUGUGUCCAUUCAGCUGUAGAUGUUCUAUGUGUGGUUCAUUGUUGCAGUCUUAACUUCAUGGAACUCUGCUGCAGACUGAGGUCUGACAUCUGGCCAGACUUUUAAGAGGUGAGCACUCUUCCUUCUUAGCCGGGUUAUGCCUUACUUCAGAUGUCAUUGCAUGCUUGGUGUAAAAAUAGUCUGUCAGUACCAUCUUCAGUUUUCUUGUUGCGUUUUCUGAUGUACAGUGUGCUGUUUGGUGCAAAGAAUGCAUUUGUAAAUCUGUUGGUACAGGCUUCACCCAAAGCUGAGCAGAUGAGUACCACAUUGAAGACCCCCUUGUAUGUAUAUUUCCACAGCCUAUUUUAUUUGGACAUGUAGUAAAAAGAUAAGUUAGAUAUCUGUGAGGUCCUAUAGCCAGCACAAAGUUGUAGGGCAUGUACACCCUACUACAUUUAGCUUUGCUUGCCAAUGUUGGAUCUUUACAAGUCUUCCACAGUUGGUAUGUUUAUUGUUUGAGGUUAGAUCCCAAUAUUCCUGACUUGUGAUAUUUGUCAGGAAUUCGGGACCAAGAUUAAGGCCAGGUCAUCCACGUCUAUGUGAAUAAAAGUAAACUGCCCACCAUCUUGGGAAUUCCUCCUCUGUGUUCCUUGAUUAACAUAAAAGCUAGCCAGAUGUCCCCUCUUAAAAAAAAAAAAAAAAAAAAAAAAA